GGAGUCCCGAAUUGAAGAGCUUCACUGUCGUUCUUUGCAGAUUAGGGUUUCUUGCUGCCGCCUCACUCGUGCACGGACGCUCCUAAGCUCACAUCCAUGGCGGCGGAACAGACAGAAAAGGCAUUCUUGAAGCAGCCCAAGGUCUUCCUUUGCUCCAAGAAAUCUGGGAAAGGAAAAGCUCCUGGAAAAGGAGGAAACCGUUACUGGAAGAGCAUUGGAUUGGGUUUUAAAACACCACGAGAAGCCAUUGAAGGCACAUACAUUGACAAGAAAUGCCCGUUCACCGGCAGUGUAUCCAUCAGAGGCCGUAUUCUUGCAGGGACCUGCCACAGUGCCAAGAUGAUAAGAACUAUCAUUGUUCGGCGUAACUACCUGCAUUGGGUGAAGAAGUACCAAAGGCCCUUGUCAAAAACGGUGAGGUUCAAUGUCCUUAAGGUGAUUCCGGCUGGUUCUUCCGGUCGUGGGAAGAAGGCUUUCACAGGAAUGUGAGUUUGGGAAUUCUAACGUUUCAUUUUAAUUGUCAACGGGUUUUGAAAUGAAGGGUUUAGAACGUUUGUUUCAGUUGGAUGGUGUUACUAAGAAUUGUUCUUGUUUUGAAGUUUUGUGCAUUUUAAAAACUAUAUUAUGUGCCCUUCUAUUUAGAUAUUUCUCAAAUUUUGAAGGAGUUUCAUUUGUAAGAGUUUAACAAUGCUAUUUAGUUUGACGUUUAGCUCGUCGAUGCGAGUUUUAAAACAUUU